AUGGGGGAUUCAUUAGAACUCGAUCUGGAAAAUUGGAUGGCACAACUGCCAACAAACCUUCAAUGUGUUCCUGUCAAUAAGCUGGCAAUACCGGGAUCACACGAUUCGGGGGCAUUUUAUCUUGACAAGACCUCGAAAAUAGCUCCUGAUGAGUCAAAGGCCAUUACAACUCUUGUAAGAAUUUUUGGUCAAUGCGCAAAGAAUAUCGUCUACAAAUGGUCAAUAACACAAACAUUGAGUCUGCACCAGCAGUUAGCGAAUGGUGUGAGGUAUUUUGAUUUGCGUGUUGCAUAUGAAGAUGCCUCUAAGGAGUACUGUUUUGUACAUGGGUUGUGCAUCGAGUUCCGCUAUUUAGCGUACGACAUUCGAUUAGACAUUCAGUUAGACAUUCGAUUAGACAUUCGGACUAAAAUGGCUCGGUAUAAGAAAUCUGUGCUAGAAGGUUAA